AUGGCAGAAGUUCAAGCUCGUCUCCAGAGUCUCUCUGAAGAUUACACUAAGCUGCAACAAGAGUUACAAGCAGCUGUCCAAUCACAGCAGAAACUUGAGGCUCAGAAACAAGAGAACUCGAACGUCCAGAAAGAAUUCGAACGUCUUAAGGAUGGUGAAAACAUUUACAAAUUGGUCGGGCCGGUGUUAUUGAAACAGGAGAAGGUCGAGGCUGAGAGCACAGUUAAUGGACGGUUAGAGUUCAUUGGCAAAGAACUUGAAAGGACAGAGGAUCAGAUCAAGGAGAUCCAAGACAAGAUUGAGAAGAAGAAGGGAGAAAUCAUCCAGACCCAAGCAGGAUUACAAGCAGGAGCUGGUGCGCCUGGGAAAGUUGCUGCGAAGGGUUGAGAGUGAAGUGAGGCUGGUCAAUUUGCAAAUAAAAAACAACUUUCUUGCAUAAGACUAAUAAGGGAUGAUUAGACCCUAAGCAUCAAGAUAUAAGCUUGUUGUCUAAUAGUCUUUGCUAAAGGUUGAAAUACCCUGCUACCUAUGAAACCUAAUAGGCAAGAUUCGAGAAUGAAAUACCCCUUGCGAAUGUCAAGCCACAAGGGAACAAACAGCCUUGAAGGGGUUUGACAUGUCU